GUGGAGCCAUCAGCGGGGGGGUUGACUGGCGAGGUCGAGCCGCCCCAGCCCGUGUUUACCAGAAGCCAGCACUCGCCCAGCGACCGGGACAGCGGCUCACAGCCGGUCAGAGGGAGGUCUCUGCCCGAGUCUUGAGAGAGGCGACCCGUCGGCUCCCAGUGACUCUGGGCACCAUGAGGAAAGGGGCCGGGGUCUGGAGGCUGCCAUCAGGCGCUGGAGCCGCCGCCCGGAAGCCGCGGGCCGGUAAAGGGCAGAAGCCGAGGAGAGACCCCGACGUCCCGGAGCCGCCCGGCGGCAGCCCGCUGAUAUACGACCCGCGGGCUGCGCUCCAGGAGCUGAUGCGUCGCCACCGCCCGCCCCCGGAACUCGGCGCGGCUGUGGAGAUCGCCAGGUACGAAGCGUCGGUGCGGAGAUAUCCGCGCGUCGAGGGCCGCCUCGCCCUGUCCCAGCGACUCUGCAGAUUCUCGCUGCCCAGUGACCUGCGACAGCUGGAAGGUCUGUCGCCGCGGGGUUACUUGAUGAACUAUUGCCACGUCUGUCCGCGGAGGCAAGCUCACUACAAGAGAUAUUUCGACAAGUUUGACAAGGACAGAGACGGACUCCUCUCCUUCCAGGAAGCGGCGAGGGCUCUGUUGGAUUUGUACAAGGACCUGGUCACUCCGCUACAAGUGAGGCAGCUGCUGGGCGUGUUACAGGCGGACCACGCCACCAGCUUCUCCCAGCGCCUCUUCCUGCCGCUCAGCGCGUUGACCGAACGCCUCCUCUACCGACCGUCUGAGAAUGAGAACAAAGUGAUUGAAGACAGGGAGAAGGACAAAGUGGAAGAGGCCGAUUUCAGUGGUUUGAUGUGGAAGUUUCAAGGCUGUCAAAUAAGUGAUGAGUUGAAGAAACUGAUCUACCUUCUCUAGACUCCCAAUGGAAGGCAUUACUGACUGUACACCACACUGCAAUGGCAACAGGAACUGGACAGGUCAAGUUUUCACAUCUCUGCCACGUUUGGGAUUAGGGAAAUCAUCUUCCCAGCACAUUUCACCACACAGCUUCAAGUCUUUAAUCAAACAGCAGGCAAUCAAAUCACUUUUUGUAGAAACAAAGAUAGGGCUCUCUGUAUGGACAAAGAGUUGCCUAUCCAUGUUCUCCAGGGAUGCUGACUGACCCGCUGAGUUACACUCCAGCACCGUGUCCUUUUCCAUCAUCUGUUCCUCCUGAACUUUAUUAUGGAGCUGAUGUUUCAACGAUUCAACAGAGUUGUUCUGUAUUAGACAACAAAUUCAUCACACCUCUAAUUUUGGCCUGGCAGCAGCAAUUAACAAUGAAGACAUAGCAAGAUUUAUUUGAAGACACAAGGAACUGCUGAUGCGGAAUCUUGAGCAAACAACAAAGGGCUGGAAGAACUCAGGUGGUCAGACAGCAUCAGGGGAGGGAAUGAACAGUUGACAUUUUGGUCAGGUCCUUUCUUCAAAAUGAAUUCACCUUGGUAAUUCUAAAAUAUAAAUAACUAUCAAUAAAAAAAAUGUUUUAAAGUUUUUACCCAUAGCUGUGAAUCUGUGGAAUUCUCUGUCACAUAAGGCAGAGGCGGCCAAUUCACUGGAUGUUUUCAAGAGAGUUAGAUAUAGCUGUAAGGGCUAAUGGAAUCGAGGGAUAUGGGGGGAAAAGCAGGUGAUGAUUUUAGAUGAUCAUAUUGAAAGGCGGUGCUGGCUCAAACAGCCGAAUGGCCUACUCCUGCAUCUAUUUUCUAUGUUAAUUAAAAUACUUUACUGCUGGAAUGACAGGAUUUCUUCAGAUUACUUAUUUUAAUCAGUUGGAUGAGCUUGGGGGUUUUAGACUAGUAGCUGCCAUUUGAGAACCUAGCACUAUUUGCUUUUUGGCCACCCCCAUCUCCAGACCCAUUGGAUUCACCUAGUGCAGUCAGUGGUGGCAGGACACUCAUUACAUGGACGGUCAUCCAUGUCAUCUUCAGGACCUUCCUGUUGUCUGAGUGGUGACAGGUACUCCCAGGACAUUGCUCUUCCAAGUGGCAGAGUAUUUGAGAUGCUGUUGCUGCAGCUUGAUCUGAUGUGUGCUCACUUUCCUGAUACCUAAAUCCAUGGCUGUAACCCUUGGGACAAACAGCUUCUGAGCUUUUUAACAAGCCAAGAUUAAAAUAAAUUCCAGCACAGCUGAAACUAUUUGCUUGGAUCAAUUCUCAAUUGCUGAUUUACACUACUCACCUGUCACCUGUUACCCACAAAACUAAAUCUCAACAAGUUAAUGUGCAGUCAUCAUCAACAGGAUGUACAACUGCACCUAGUCAAGUCUUCCUUGACACCAACCCCCACCUAGGUCAAAGAAUGCAUGGAAAUGCAACUGUUUGUUUCUUCCCCUCCAACUCUCAAACCAUCCUGACCAAAGAUUUGUUAAUUUCUGCUGAGGCAAAAAUCCUGCACUCCCAUACCCCCGAGAACAGAGGGACCCACUGGACAUCAAUUCAACAGGCUUCACCCGCUUGGUCAUAGAGCAUGGAAACAAGCUCUUUGGCCCAACUUGCCCACGGGGCAACAUGUCCCAGCUACAUUAGGCCCACCUGCCCACAUAUGGUCCAUAUCCCUCCAAACGUGUCCUAGCCAUGUAACUGUUUUUGAAACGUUGGGAUGAUCCCAGCCUCAACUACCUCUUCUGGCAGCUUGUUCCAUACACCCGCCACCCUGUGUGAAAAAGUUACCCCUCAGAUCCAUAUUAAAUAUUUUCCCCCUUCACCCUAUGUCCUCGAUUCACCUACUCUAGGCGAGAGACUGGGCAUCUACCCAAUUUAUUCCUCUGGUGAUUUUAUA